GAAGAUGGUUAAAAGGCACUGUAAAAUGUGGAGUCAUUUGAAAUAUCAGGCCCAAUUCACAAUGUGUAAAAUCACAGUGACAAUACCUUCAGUUCCCCUAUGUUAGUCUUUGUGGGAAAAUUACAAAAUCAAUCAAUGCAAAAUGUGAUGCAUUACAUCAUUAACAUGGUAUAUCAUCUAUAGGCCCAGACAGGUGCCUGUAAACCAAAACAAAAAGCAAAAGUGCAGCUAAGUGAACUAUGUACGUGUUUUUUGAAGUGUGACUAUUCCUGUCUGUCCUUCAUUUUGUUUUGUGUAAAUAUACUCUUCUGACUUUGCUAGAAGUCCUCUGACUCCCGUAUUUAUUUGAACAUUCUACAAUCAUAGACGUGUUCACACUUCAGUGCCGGUGUUGACAACCUGUGACCUGACAGUUAUUUAUGCAAUACAAUAAAUCCAUAUAAAAAGUACAUUGGGAAUUAUGAUUACUUACUGUAUUGCUAAUAAACUGUACAGCUAUGAUGGGGAAAACAUUUUUUCAUGUUUGGCUAAAAAGAUAUGAUUUGUGUGUUCGUAUGUGUGUAUGUUCCUGCAUUGUGCAUUUGUGUUUUCUGCUGUAAGUGGUGGGUGGCACCACAACAGUUCACUAGAUUUUGUGCGACACUUGCGUUCAUAGUUACCACGAUAAGGACAUGGAAGAGUAGAAGGACUGCAAUGCCAUGCAAGGAAACUUAAGUUUAAAAGCUUGGGCAUCAACUCCACCAUAUACACAUCUAAGAAGACCACAGUGCAGACGGAGGAAACAGAUGGCUCCACAGAGUCCACAGGGGCUAAAAACCCUAGGUAUUCAAAGAACUAUGGCAACUUAAUGGUUAGCUUCUGCUAAAACUAGACCCACACAAAUGUGCAAUAUGGAAAUAAUAACCAUCACUGAGUAUAACUUCACUUUUCGGGUAAAUGACACACAAAGGGCAGUCAUCUCUGAUUUUCAGCGGGUGGCUUCAGAGAGCCAUCAGCCUUACAUUAUUAGCCUCAUCCUCUCCAUCCUCUACACUAUAUUCCUGUUCCCCAUCGGUUUUAUUGGGAACAUCCUCAUCUUAGUAGUCAACCUGCACAAUAGGGGCCGUUUGACAGCCCCGGACCUCUACUUUGUGAACCUGGCCGUGGCCGACCUCACCCUGGUGGCCGACUCUCUGGUCGAGGUGUUCAACCUGAAGCAGGGCUACUACGACAUGGCCGUCCUCUGCACCUUCAUGAACCUUUUCCAGCAGAUCAACAUGUACAGCAGCAUCUUCUUCUUAACCUGGAUGAGCUUCGACAGGUAUGUCGCCCUGACCGGCUUCAUGGGUCGCAGCAUGCCGCGCGCACGCCUCAGCUGCUGCCUUGUCUGGGUGUCCGCAUCUUUGUUUACCAUGCUUCCUUUUGCUAUCGCCCAAUGGCAGCACGCUGGAGAACUCUACUUCUGCUUUGCCAACGUGACCCAGAUUCAGUGGCUGGAGGUGAUGCUGGGUUUCUUGCUGCCUCUCUGCAUCUUGGGUCUUUGCUACUGGAGAAUAGCACAGGUGCUCCAGAGGUGUGAGAGGGAGCAGGACGGCCCACUGCAGAGGCCUCGAAGGCAGAAAGCCCUGCGGAUGAUGUCAGCAGCUGUGUUUGUGUUCUUCCUCUGCUGGCUCCCGGAAAAUGUGUUUAUAAGUGUUCACCUUCUAAGAGGUGACACAGACGGUGGCACACUGCGGCAGGACUACCCCCUGACAGGUCACGCUGUCAGGCUGGCAGCCUUUUCUAACAGCUGCCUGAACCCACUCAUCUACAGCUUCUUCGGGGAGACCUUUCAAGAUAAACUGAAGCUUUUUCUCAAGCAGAAGAGCAGAUGGGCCUGGCUGCACAGUUCAGCCUCAGGUAAAUCCAUGUAUAUACCAGUUGCAAUCGCAUGUAGCCAUGCAACAUGUGAAAUACCAAGCCAGCCCACACAAUUAAGCUUUCACAUCCUUCCACAAACUGUUAUACCCUCAAAUAAAUGCCAACUGCAUACAGUAAGUCAUACAGUUAAUAACAGAUAGAUAACAGCAUGUUUUCAGUUCCUUUAAACACCUUGUUUUCAGGACAAGGAUUGACAUACAAGACUUGUUUAUUACCAGUACUAAUAAUGAGUUUUCUGUAUGGGGCAACAGACAUCAGCAGUCUGAGUUCACCUGAGGACUCACAGAAACCAACAACAUAAAAUGAUGUGCACAUUUUAAAACUAACAU